CGUUCCUUCCCUAGGCAACAGCACCACACGACAUCUGUCGCUAGCACCUCUUGCCGGACCAUGUCUCUUGCAUCUGGGCCUGGGCGAGCGGGCGUAAAGGACUCGCAGUCCUCAGAAGAGAUGCAGCUCUUCAUUGACAAGCACGUCAAAUACAUCCAAAGCCUCGACACUCGUAAAGAUCAACUGGAAUAUUGGCUAACUGAACACCUUCGCCUUAACGGCCUCUACUGGGGCCUCACCGCGCUACACCUGCUGGGCCACCCGGACGCCCUCCCGAAGAACGACGUCCUGGACUUUGUCCUUAAGUGCUUGCAUGAGGACGGAGGUUUUGGCGCAGCCCCUGGGCAUGAUGCACACAUGCUUUACACAGUCAGUGCGGUACAGAUACUGGCGACUCUGGAUGGGUUUGAGGAACUCGAGCAGCGUGUGCCUGGAGGAAAGGAGAAGAUCGGUCGCUUCAUUGCUGGACUCCAAGACCGCACAACGGGCACCUUCGCUGGCGACCAAUGGGGCGAGACGGAUACGCGCUUCCUAUAUGGAGCCUUCAACGCGCUCUCCCUCCUUCAUAUGAUGCAUCUCGUCGAUGUUGAGAAGGCCGUUGAGCAUGUCAUGGCUUGCUGUAACUUCGACGGCGGCUUUGGCACCCAUCCUGGCGCCGAGUCGCAUUCCGGCCAGGUUUUCACCUGCGUUGGUGCGUUAGCCAUCGCAGGACGCUUGGAUUUGGUGGACCGCGACAGGCUGGGAGGCUGGUUGAGUGAGCGACAGUUGCCGAAUGGCGGGCUGAAUGGGCGGCCGGAGAAGCUUGAGGAUGUAUGCUAUAGCUGGUGGGUCAUGAGUGCUCUGGCCAACAUUGGGCGAUUGCACUGGAUCGACGGCGAGAAGCUCUCAAGCUUUAUCCUCAAGUGCCAGGACCCAGAGCUAGGCGGCUUUGCCGACCGGCCUGGCAACAUGGUCGACGUUUUCCACACGGUUUUUGGCGUUGCCGGGCUCAGCUUGGUGAAGUACCCGGGACUGCAAGAGGUCGAUCCCGUAUACUGCAUGCCGAAGGUUGUGACAGAGCGGGUCCUCAGGGGGUGAUGGCAUAGCAUGAGGCGGGCACCCAGGUGCUGGGCGUUAGCUUAUGCGAUGCUCUUGCGAUCUAAUAACCCAUGUGCACCUUGCACAAUGAGCCAUGGGAUACAAGGCAAGAGUAGAAGGACGAGCGGGCCGCUUCAUUAGCUCAUCCUCUCGCAAAAGAGUCGAGGGCGGGUUCAGCGAUGCUCAGCUACAUUGCAGACAGUACAGAAUUCACGGAA